AUCACGGCUCGUACAGCCUAGGGGAGGAGGGAUGGAGCUGAGAUGGACAGGGAGGGAGACACCGGCUUACGACGUCAAAGGAGUACAGACACACACACUUACACACACAUAUACACACACACACAGAGGCAGAGAGAGAGAGAGAGAGAGAGGGAAGGGAAGAGGACAGGCAACCAGACUGCCAAUUCCCUACGGUCUACUGAAGGAAGGCUAAAUUCAUCCAUCACCCCACUCUUCAUUCAGAGGGAGAUUUGUUUAUUUUUAUUCUAAGGGGGGAAAAAUACGGAGCGUCUUUCAGUGAAGAGCAGAAAAACAACAGGCAGAUCUAGGAAAGACGCUCAUGCCGAAUAAAGGACCGUCGCUGGAUGUUACUUCAGUCUUUAAGGCCUAACUUGUUACAGGAUUUCAAAGACGCUUGUGCACACAAAUGAACUGAGCUCCACUAACUCAACAACAGCGGCGGGAAGAAGAAAAUCACGCCUCUGAUCACGCCAAUUCUUUGCCACGAGCAGCACCCCACAGGUAUGUUGAGGAUUUUCCACCUCUUUUUAACUCCGUGUUGUUUUCGUGUAAAAAAAAAAUUACGCUACGGGUCAUUGUUGUUGUCACCCACGUCUUGACAAAGAGAGCGCAGGUCUCCAGCUGUGUUGACAGGCAGCAGGAACACUGUCAUGUUUCUGUGUGAGAAACAGGCGGCCUCCACCGGAUUUACAGCGAGGGAGGAGUGUACAUGUGAACUAGUAUUUACUACAAUAUCUAUGAGCGUUUUAACCAUUUUAUCUUCAAUUAUAAGGGUGGAUUUGUUUGAUCCGUGGCUAAUAUCGUGAUUAUGGAUCCUAAUUGUGUCUGCACUGCUAGAAAAAAAUGAAAAUGAGGGUUGUAAUCAUGAUUUCUGUGCUCUAAAUGAUUUUAUUUGUGUUUUAAGGACAUAAAAUCCAAGAUAAGGGCUUCAGAUGGGAAAAUGAUGAUAAAAAACUCGUGCCAAUGCAUCUUGUAUGACUAAUUUUUCUGACCACAUCCCUACAAUAUCCCCCUUUAUGUAUAUGUUAAAGCUUUCUUGUGCAUUUAUGCGUAAAUAUCUCCGUUUGCAUGAUAAUGAAAGUGUAGCAUAUGUGUUUUUUAGUGUUAUUUUGAUAAUAAAAGCUUGAGAAUUGACCACCAGAGCAGGACUCGCACGUCUCCAAGGGUGUAGAAACUAUUAUUAUUUCAGCCUCCCAUCUGCACCUCCAUCCUCGGCCUCCUGUUUGCACCUCCUGUGCAGUGUGAAUUCAAGCCCCGCAGGCAGGCUCCUGUCUGCUCCUCCUGACCGCCUCCUCUACUGUGUGUGUGUGUGUGUUUGUGUGUUUUCAUUUCUUUCCAGACUUCUCAAUGAAGGAGCCUGACGCAAUCAAGCUCUUCAUCGGGCAGAUACCCCGAAACCUGGAGGAGAAGGACCUGAAACCCAUCUUUGAGCAGUUUGGAAAAAUCUAUGAGCUGACAGUGAUAAAGGACAAAUACACGGGGAUGCAUAAAGGUGAGGGAGAACCGACAAUUGUUGAGGUUUAGUAGAUUUAGAGAUGGACAUAUGGGUUUUGAUAGUGUGUUCAUCAUGUUUUCUUGCUGCUCCUCUUUUCUUCAUUGUCCCUCUGGAGCCUGUUCAAGGAGUGUAACUUUAUAAGCCCCGAGUGCCAACUUUACUCUUUUCCCCUCGCUGAAAUGUCACAUUUUAAAGUAAAAGCCAAACUGGAUCAACUAUUUUGAGAUUGCAACAGGUUUAUUUUAAGUAAGACAUCAUACAAGACUGCUGUCAAGAGUGAUAUCGAGUCCAGUGACUGAGGACAGAAAAGGGAGAACCUGACUCUCAAAUUGAUAGCUCAUGCUCUUUAGUCUCUGUAAUCAAUAUGCAUCCACACACAAGGGAACUCAAGGACUAUCGUGAUAUUUUAAAAUCUAAAAAAAGCAAAAUAAUAGUGAAGCACAGCAUUAAAAAAAUCAAACUGGUUCAUGAGGCAAUCUGGUGCAAACUGGGAGGUUCCUCGACAAUCCUACCAUAAAGGAGGACUACACUGGGACAUUUCUGGAGUAAGACUUCAGCAUCCUUAGGGUUCAGUUUGAAUCUUGCCAUGACUUGCACAUUUACAAAGAAAUAAAGAAUAUCACGAACCAUUAAAGUGAAUUCCUCCUAUGGAAUCGAUUUUAUCCAAUCACAUCGCUGCAGCUCCCACAAGAAGGAGAAUUAAAGGAGUUUUAACAACUCUUUCACCUCUCUGUCAAGGAGAACAAGACAAGAUGAGUUUGUAUUAUACUCGGUAUCUUAAAGAAGAGACUCUACGUGGUGAUAAAACUGACAACAUCGGACACCUCUGCAGUUUCACAAUUCAGACGAUCCCAAAGUUGUCAAUUUGAAACUGUCAGGAUAAAAAAUCCAAUAAAGUAAUACAUAUAUUCAUAUAAUAACUGAGAUUGAAAUGUUGAACAGCACUUUCCAUUUUCUCCAAAUUCCUUCAACCAGAAUAUUCAUGUCAGAUCAAACUUGUAAGAAGUGUUUUGUCAGGCCUUAAUUGUUCUCCUGUGGCGGUAUCGGUCAAUGUGUAAGAGUAAUUGUCACCCACUACUACCACCACUGUACAUCAAAUGGGGAACAUGCCUCUCGGUUUUUUUGAAAGUGAAGUCCUAACACAUUCAGAUUUGUGUUUGACAGAUGGGCCGGAGCUGUUUUUAAAGAGAUCCCCUCCAGACAAAGAUCCCGUCCGUCAUUUCUAAUGCAAAUCUGAGCACAGAAAACAAAAGGCUUUUAUAAAGCUGCAUAAACCAUCAGUCAUGUGGGAGACGUAUAGGCCAGGUGCUAUCAGUCCUCUAACACCUAUAACACCUAUUCUGCAUACAUUUACAUAUUCAUGAUUUGCAGGAGCCCUAAAGGUUAAUGAAGGCCUUUCUCUAUUAUGUGGAACUGCAUACAUUUAGCUUGACCAGCGUGAUAUUAAAUACUCGCACAGUCUGCUUGUGUCUGAGCAGUCUCCAGGUAAUGGGAGAUAUUAAUACCAUAGAUCUCCACCGCUCUCCGGAUUCAGGGUUGCUUACUGUUUUUAUGAUGUUCUGUUUCAUGUAAAUUAAUAACCUGGCCUGGUUUGAGGCGGUUUUUGGGAAAUUUUAAACAUAUGCCGACCUAAAACUGUUCUCCAAAACUAAACCAGAUGUAUCAAUCAGCAGAUUUAUGUUGGGACAAUAAUCUUCAGCAGCAUGUUUCUGCCUGCAGGCCUUCAGGGCGACGGGCCAAUUAAGAUGAUUAAAAUGAGCCUAAUGAUGCCAACUCUGACAGAAUUAAAGCACAUAACUCCAACAUAAAAAUAAAUUAAAGUGACUUUUCAGUGGUUUGGUUCCUUGUUUCUGUCUUUAGGAUGUGCCUUCCUGACAUAUUGCGCGCGUGAAUCUGCCCUCAAAGCCCAGAAUGCACUGCACGAGCAGAAGACGCUACCAGGGGUGAGUGUGCUGCUGUUUUUUUUUUUUCUUUUUUUUUACAACACCCUCAACAGCUCGUCGUCUAUAUUUAUCUAUAAAACAGGAGCGGGGUAACUGGCAUGGUAGGCUAUGUGAACGCACGGGAACACAUAGUGACACAAGAAAAUUAACGCAGUUUGACAAGCAGGGCCUGACUCCCCCCUUCAGCUGAUUCGCUGGGAUAAAGGUCAGAGGCUGCUCUCCCUCUUAUGUUUCAUAUGUGAUGCAUCCAGACAUAUCCAUCCAGUUAAGGCAUGAGUCAUCCCGCAACAUGUCACAGGUCGAAACAGACAGCUAUGAGGCUCGCUGCUGGAGUGACUUUGCCAGAUCUUAUUCUCUCUGAUGUUCCUCUUCCUCUCUGUCUCUCUCUCUCUCUCUCUUUGACUCCCCCCUCCUCUCCCCUCUUUCCAUCCAUCUCUCCCUCUGAAUUCUAAUCAAAGUUAAACCUAGCUUUAUUAGCAUAGCCAGGCAGCAGGUGUGCUGCCAAAUGACAUUUCCAGGGCUAAAUAUGACAUGACAGCCGCGUCUCUAUAAUAACCCGCUAUAUGAGAGACAAGGCGACAAGGCGAGGAAUUACUGAGACAGAGUGUGCCCCCAGUCUCACUGCUGCUUCCUCUUUGACUAACAAGGCCUUACUCCUGUUUCCUUUUGGUUAUUUUUGGUGAAAUCUACAUCAUUCACUUCUUUAUUUCCCCUCCAUGCUGUUGGUGGUGGCUCGUGACCAGGGUUUUUGAGUAAGUAUGAGGCUGUGCCUUGCAACAUUUUCUGUAUCGCUGAAUCAGUCGUCUGAUUGUUUGAUUUAUGAGUCUGAAACGAGGAAACUCCUUGAAAUACACCAAAACCCACCAACAGCUCCAUACAAGAUGAGAAAAAACAGUCAAUAUUCUCCCCGGGGUUCAUUUUGUCUGGAAACUUUGCUUAAAAUAAGUAUUUAACCCUUUAAUGCCUGAAACCACAAAUUAUGGACAGAAAAUUCAAUUUUUUAGGAGCUGAAAUGUUUAUUUUACUUAUAAUCAAAAUGUCCUUAAAAUCAAACAAAUAUAUUUAUUUAUCUUGUUUGAUACAUUAGAUGUUUUUGGAAACUGAUAAACAACAAGAGGAGAUUUUGAUCAUUUAUUUGAGUGUAUUUUGGUGUUUUUUUUAGUAAUUUGUCGAUUAUAUUGAUUUGAUUAAAGUAUCAUAAAAGUAUGUAUCAAAUACAUACAUACAUACAUACAUACAUACAUACAUACAAAAGGCAAUACAGGGCUACAAAGAUUUCAAGCAAAAACAACUUUAAGUUACUCAGAGGUGAAUGUUUUGCUGCUUUUUUUGUGUUUUGUGCUAAACUAAAUAUCUGUAAGUUUUAAAGCUGUAAAUCAGACAUUGCAGGGAGUUUUAAUGGUGACAGGUUUGAUUGACAUCUUAUGGAAAUUCAGUUAAUUUAUUUGAGAGAACAAUCAGUUGUUGACAUUUUUAAUGGAGUUCCAGCGUCUUUGGUCCAGUUAUUAUUAUAAUUACUGUUUUUUCAGUUGUUUGAGGCUCAUACACUGAUGUCAGUUUGUGACAUUUUUUAAUUUCCCCAGGGUUCAUUUUGUCUGUUCACUGUCUGGAAGUUUUGCUUAAAAUAAGUAUUUGAAAAGAUUUCAAGCAAAAACAAGUUGAAGUUUCUCAAAGGUGAAUGUUUUGCUGCGUUUAUUUGUAUUUUGUGAUUAUUAAACUAAAUAUCUACAAGUUUUAAAGCUGUAAAUCAGACAUUGCAGGGAAUUUUAAUCCUGACAGGUUUGACUGAUGUCUUAAAGAAAUUCAUUUAACUUUAUUUGCGAGAACAAUCAGUUGUUGACAUUUUUAAUGGAGUUCCAGCUUCUUCGGUCCAGUCAUUAUUAUAAAUACUGGUUUUCGGUUGUUUGAGGCUCAUAAACUGAUGUCAGUUUGCGGCAUUUUUAAAAUGUUACAGACAGAACAGUUAACUGGUUGUCUAAAAAAAGAUCUGUCUUUGAAGCGGUUUUUCAUUUUUAGGUACAAACAUUUUGACUUUUUACUGUUUUUCUGAAAUAGUUGAAGUCAGACUUAUUGAUUGUUCCGGCUCAUGAACACGGUUGUAACAGCAGGUGGGGGGUUACUGGUGGACCUGGAGUCAGAUUGGUAGUAGGCUGGUAUUAGUGUAGCGACAAAAGAGAUCCCUUUGUUAGCGUGACAGUAGCGUGACCUCUCUGACCUCUCGUAGGGGGAUCAGCAGGGCCCUGGUGCCCCUAUGGCUAAAACCCUCUUCUCCUCUUGUGUUUCUGCCCCACCAGCUCCCGUCCUCAUAACCUCUUACCUCUAAGCCGUGUGGAACAAGCCAACCCCCCUCCUCUGUGCUCCUUCAAUCCCUGCCCCCCCCUCCUUUGCCAAAAACCCCUUCUUAUUAGCUGCGUUCACGCCCACGCGGACAAGAACUGCUUCCCGCCCCUGCUACCAGCUGUGGUGUAAUUGUCAUCUAAUUGCACCUGCACUGCCAAAGAAUAAUUAACUUUGGCAUCUCAUGGCUGCAGUGAUACAAUAGAAAUAACAUGAAGGCAAUUAUAGGACUGAAGGGAGAGAAUGAAAGUACACCUGAAAGUAGAGAAAGCUGAAUGAAAUCAUUAACACUCUGCACUGCUGUUUUUUAAGUAUUUCACCUCUCUGGAAAGUAAGAGCUGUACCUAGGGCUUUAUUCUCCUCCUCGCUAUUAUAAGGAUCUUUUUCUUCAUGCUAACAAUGGAAAAGAAAGGAAAAAAUUGGAAAGAGAAGUCAGUCAGGGGCGAACAGAUGGUUGUUUGAGAGCGGCACCUGGCCUUGUGUUUAAUUUCAGGUGAGAGAGUCCGUCUCAAAAGUGCAGAGGGGGGAGGAAGAGUGUCAAAAGUACAUUCAGCCGAGAGCGGAGACAGAAAGUGAGAGGAUUGUGUGGCGAUACGCUGGACUCGCUCUGAGAAAAAGUGGGGAAAUGGAGAGUUGGGGAGAGAAAAAUAAAGUCACUCCUGAGCUUGUACUCUCGUUCAACCCUGCUCGGACAUCUUGUACUCUUGUCCCUCUCCUCUUAUCUCUUUAUCUCUUGCUUGUUUGUCUGGCCAAGUCAGCCGUCUAAAGGCUUGUGGAGACAAUAACAUCCACUUAAGCCACAUUAAAAAAGAGUCACUGUCCAACCUCGCGUGUGUACUGGAUAGACCUAAAAGUAGAUAACCAUUAAACAGCUCGGAUAUGUUUUUUUCUGGAUUAAAACCAGUUUAUAUUUUAUGCUUUGACACAAUUAACCCCCCAAAUAAAUCACUGCCUAUUUCCAUAAUCCAUUAUUAGAAACGUUCACCUUCUUCCUCUAUCAAAUCUCAAUCUUUCAGAGUUUGGUACAUCAUGUUCUCUGUGGUAUCCAGGCUGCAAAAUCUUUUGUUCUGCCACCAAUAGCAGUGCUAUUAGUGGCUAGGAUAAGCUACAAGCUAUUUCUGCUUUCAUGGCAAUGCAAAUAAGCCAUAAAACUAUGCAUCAAACAUUGAAAAUGACAACUUUAAAUAUGAGCGCAAUAAAUGUUGGGGACUCUCUGUGGUUCUCUGUUCUGGUUGACACAGAUAAUAAGGGGUGUUUUAAAAAAGGAAUAAUACAACAUGCUCUUCUAAAGAAAUAAAAGCCUUAAUUCAGAUGGUUUUGUCAUGGUGAAAAUACCAUAAAGAUGACGGUGAAAUAAAGUGAGGGAUUCUCUUUGUGUAACGGCGAGAGUAGCAUUUAAAGCCUUGCUCACGGGAAUGAACAUUCAAUCAUGACUACGCUUUAAAUAGGAGCAAAUUAGCAUAGCUGAGCUAGGCUGCAGCUAGCCUUUGGGUGUCUGUGUUAGAUGUGGCAAAAAUGUAUCUUUAAAAGAAUUAGCAAAACUGGCAGAGAAUCACAGUUUGAAGUCAUCGCAAGUUGUGCAUUGACUAAAUUUGCUUUAUUGGGAUGUUUUAACAUUGAAAUGCGGGAUUUUGUCUUUUUUGUGCCCUGUACGGACAAAACAAUCAACCCCUUAACUAUAAAAAACAACGAGCUGCUUACUUACGGAGCACACGAGAAAGAUCGACUCCAGAAAUGAUCUGUCCCACUUGAGUUUUGUGAAUACAGAGAACUACGACCAUCAAACUUAGCUUAGCAUAACGUUGGAAAACAUAACCCGGGGUCCUCCUAAUUCACCAGCCUAACAAAACUUAUAAACACUUAUUAACAUUUAUUCAUAUUUAUUGAUAUAUAGUAUUUUGUAAUAGGAUACAUGAGCAUAUAGAACGAUAUGAUGUGUUAUGAUUGGAUACAACGUAAUACAAUACAGCAAGAAACAAUACAGUAUGAUUUAAUCAAAUACGAAAAGGUACCAUACGAUACAAUAUCAUACGAUACGAUAUGGUACGGUACGAUACAAUAUCAUACCAGACAAUAUGAUACGAUACGAUACAAUACGAUACGUUACAAUAUCAUACCAUACCAUACCAUACCAUACAAUAAGAUACCAUAUGAUACAAUACAAUACCCUAUGAUACAAUACCAUACGAUACGAUACUUUACGAUAUGUUGCGGUACAACUGCGAUAUGAAUCAAUGUGGUGCAGUACAAUACAAAUAGAUUCAAUAUCAUGUAAUGAAUGUUUCUGAAGUAUAAUUUUGUAUGUUUUAAGGCGGGGCCUAAAGCUCAGCUAAUCUAAUAGGCUGCUAACGGUAGCAUUUUAUCAUGUGCAAAGCCAAGAGAGCUGUAUCUAACUUUUCAUUAAAUUCCAUUUGAAAAUGAAAAUUUUCUAAUUUCCCGAAAUGUCAGACUCUCCAUUUGAUAAAUAACAAAAGAGGAUAGCCAGUCCAGCUCUGGAGGAGACUCCUUAUUACGCUCGUCAUCAGCACUCCCUUACUCCAGUUAAUAUUUCCAGCAAUGCCUCAGCGUUAAUUUUAAAUGCAAUAAGCAUUUAAUAGUGCAACUGUGCCCCAGUGAGAGAGUAGCUGUGUGUGUUUGGUGUAUAUUUGCAUGAGCUGCGGGGGAAGGGAGGGCAGGUGUUCGCACUAACACCGUUUAAUGAAGGCUGUGUGUGCACGUCUGCGUAUUUGUGUGUGUGUGUGCGUCUGGGAGUGCACGGCUGAGUGUGAGUCUGUUUGCUUUUGUGUGUGUGUGUUUCCGUGGAGAGUACACAUCCAAAGAUAUGGGCGUAUGGAUGGAUGGGUGGAAGUUGUUGGUUUUAUGAUACGCUCCUCUCAGGUUGCUUCAUUCACUAUCUGCUGUGUGUGUGUGUGUGUGUGUGUGUGUGUGUGUGUGUGUGUGUGUGUGUGUGUAAGAGUAAAAAUCUGAGCGGUGAGGCCUUCUGUGUUUAAGCUGCCCAUACGAGAGGAAAGAGCCCUCUUUGAGUGGAACAUCUGACUAAGCCUGACAUUUACUCAGCCAUAAGGACUCAGACGGAGCAGACACAGGGGUUUUAUCAAUAGUCUGAAAUAAAUGCAUACGCUAAAUAUAGCUCAGGCUUUUUAGGCAGGAUAUGAGAUAGGAAGUAGAAGUGCCACUAUGUUGUGCCCUUAAUGUCUAAGCAAGAGCACUGCCAUAAAAACACAGCAGUAUGGUCUAUGUUAUUCUUUAAAGGCAUUCAGCUGCACGAAAAGAGUUGAAAAAUAACAUUUAAUUUGCUGAAAAUGGGACAAAAACACCAAGUCGACACUUGUGUUUAUUACAGCUUUUAAACAUGCUUUUACUGAACAUGUGCACUCCGGUGUGCAGGGAAUAGAAACAGCACAGACCUUAAUUGCAUAGUCAACACUGGCAACCCUCGUAUGUUAUUAACCUUAAAGCACUGUGGACUUGUUUUACUGUUUUAAUAACGCACAAGAGGGGAUAUGAAAUGGACAAAAUAAACAAAAAACAGUUGCUGGAGCUCAGAUUAGAACACAAUCAGUGAUAUAUUUCAUGGUUGUUAAUUUUUAUCCAUGUGUUAUCAUUAGAGACAUAACCAUUCGUUUCCAUUUAGGUCUGUAAUUUCAUGGUUUCACACGUUAUUGAAGAGAAAGUGAUGUGCGCUGUGCGAAAAAUGUAGCAGGAACAGAAAUUUGAUGCUCUGAUUUGGUUCACUGAGGCGCUGAAACAUCCUCAGCAUUAGCAGGUGACACACUACAUGGUUGUUAACGUUGUUUUUGUAUCUAUUAGCGCUGUGGACAUAUUCAGUCUCAUCUCAGGGAUAACAGAAGUAGAAACUGACAUGCAAUGUGCAUCGAGGCAAAAAUAUACAAGGAACUCAGAGUGAAAUGCUUAGAUGGGGUUCACUGAGGCUCUUGGACAUGAACGCACAUGUAGAAACAUGUGGAAAAACUGAGAUUCAAUUGUAACAAGACAGGAAAUGUGAUAAAAACACCAAGUCAGCACUCGGAUCCGGUUCUAAAAAGACACGAAACAUGAACAUAUGCAGGAGAUAAAGCUCUGCCCCCAUAUGUAGCCUGAUGUCUGGAAUGAUGGCAGCAAUUAGUUCGCUCAGACUGAGUGUGUCUAUUCACUUGAUGAAUCUAUCUUUAGUUAAGUGUGCGUUCAUGCGUCAGUUCAUUUACAUACACAUGCAUAUAAUGUGCUAUGGAGGGAUGAUGCAGACGGAUACAACAAAACGAAAUAAGGUCCCGUCCUCUGCGAGUCGCUCUAAUGAUGGAUUCAGAGGAAGUAAAUGGGUACGAGGAGUUGGAUAAAUGAAGGCAGGGGUUGGGGGAGAGGUGGAGGGGGUGCAGAAGAGGGUGGGGGGAGGGUAGGGGAGGAGAUGAAUGAAAGUUUGACAUAAUGAACAGUGGGUGGCAGUGAGGGUGGGGAGGUGCAUUAAGGACGUAUGUUUAUCAGCUUAAAUACAGACAUCUGUUAGGGAGAACUAGUGUGUUUUUAGGGGGUAGGGGACUGUGUGUGUGUGUGUUAGUGUGCGCGUGUGUGCUUGAGUGUGUAAAAGGCAAACACACUUGGUCGCUGGCUGAUGCUACAAAACUCAAUAUGCUUUAAACCAACUACAGUGGAGAGUGUGAAAAACAGGCCUGAGUUUAAAGAAGUCAAUAGUUAAAAAAAAACAAAAGUAGGACAGGGAUUCUGACUGUACACACACACACACACACACACACACACAAAGGCACACACAUACAGACCCGCACAGGGUUUCUGUGAUUCAGUUCCCUUCCUCUUAUGCUCCACUGAUUCGAGUCAAACGAAACUUGACAUGAAUAUUUAACAGUCAGGAGAGUCAAAACAACUGAGAGUCAACUUGUGUGUUGUUAUAAAUUUACUCUUUGAUUUUCACUUUUUCCACUUUAAAGGAUUUUUGUCGGCACUUAACAAAAAAAAAAAAAAAAACCUUUAGGAUCCAUAAGCCUCGUCUGGAGGGCUGCAGUUAUUGAUAUGUGAUCAAACACAAUGAAGAAAAGAGAAAAACUCCAUAAACCAGCAAUGCUUUUUCACUCGACACAUUUAACCUGUUGAAAGGAGGCCUUGGUAUCAUGACCAUACUUUCCCACCAUUUUGAUACAGUCAAGCUUUUUUUUUAAUAGUUUCUCUCUUAUUCUGCUGCCUGUUCUUGAGAGUAAAACGCGAUCUCUGACAGAAUUGGUUAUUUCUCUGGUUAUUCUAAAUUUAAGUGCCUUCGUUGAGGUCAGAUCUUCCACAGAAGCAGCUGAGUCACCGUUCAGUACUCACCCAGAAGUGUCUAUAUUGUGAACUUUGUUCCUGAUUAACUAUGCUGAGCUGGUGAAGUUUGGCCGUAAGAAGUUUUUUGGGUUUUUUUCUGUAGAUAGUUUCUUUUUAAAUCAUGUUUUAAGCUCAUGGCUGACGCUGGAGUCCAAUUAACAAAAAGGCUCAUGGUUUCUGUCAGAGAGAAAGAAACUCUGUGAGAAGGGGUUUGCUAGACCUCAAGGGAGAGUCAUUCUUCUAAAGUCAGUGUUGUUCUAACAAGGUGAAUGCUUAUGAAAUACAUAUAAUUUGAAUACCAUCAUAACUUUUCUAUUGAGUCAAGGUUGCUCUUUCUGGACAUCAUCUAGUGGUUUUAAUGUAUCACAAUUUAUUAUUAUGAUGAUGUGCCGAAUAAAAUAUACCGCUUCAGUAACACUUUACUUGACACCUAUCUCCAUAACGCAUUAUAAAUAUAUGUAUAAUGUGUUAUAAUCACGUUAUAGCAUUGUAUAACUAUAGUUAUAAACACCCAUAAAUGAUCAUUAUGCUUUAUAGCAGUAAUCAUAACACAUUAUAAAGCAUUUUAUCAUGACUUACAAGGUCAGGUGUUAUAAUGUGUAAACAACUCACUGACAAUGCCCACAUAGACUGUUGUUGACAGAUAUAACACUUUAUAAUACCUGACCUCUUAGGUCAUGAUAAAAUACUUUAUAAUGUCUUAUGGUUAUUGCUAUAAAGCAUUAUGAUCAUUUAUGAGUGUUUAUAACUAUAGUUAUACAGUGUUUUAACAUGAUUAUAUUGCAUUAUACAUAUAAUUAUAAUGCAGUAUAGAGACAGGCAUUAAGUAAAGUGUUACCAACACUUCAUAUGAACCGACCUCUUUUAGAUGCAUCUAUAAGACUUACCUUACAGGUGAUUUUAAGCAUUAACAGCUCACAGCAGUGUUUAAGCACUAAGUGUAAUGCCUUAUAGUGGUAUGAUUUACAAUGCUUAUACCUCAGUGCAAAAGAAAACAUUUGUGGUUAUAAAGAUUUAUUAUCCUUGUGAAGGUGUGGAGUUCUAAUGUGGUAUUAAACCCAGAUUAAAAAGGCGCUGUUUGUCUCUUGUAUUACAGAGUAAUGUAUUAUAAAUCACACCUUUAUAAGGCACUAUCUUGUACAUUUGUCUCCAUAACAAAUGUGCACUUAAAGCCAAGUCUUUACCGCCGUGGAUGAUGGUGCUCAUGGGAAAUGCUGCAUUUGUCCAAUAAAAUCAGUGCUGAUUUCAUCCAAAGAGGUCACCAGAAUCAACACAGCAUAAAAGCUCCUCACAGCGCCCGUAUUAUUAGUUUAUUUAUCGCCCCUCAUAUCCUUAUUGCAGUAUUGAACCAUGUCAUUGCACAGUGCAUGUUUUUAUCCCAUCUUGUGGGUCCGUUCAGGACAGGUGGAUGAAGCAGCUUUGACACUGAGGAUCAUUGAUUUAAAAUCAUUGAACAGUCCGGGUGUUGUUUCUUCAGUCUCUUUGUGUUUGAUUGAUUUAGUGACUCCAGUCCAGGUUCAGGAGGAGGCAGAGUUUUUCUCCGGGCUGCUUUUGUGCGCCUGUUCGCCUGUAUGUGUGCAUCUGCGUGUGGAAACAUUAACUUGUGCACCUCAGUGGCUUUUGUUCUGGGUCUUUGUGUGCCAUCGUCAUCAUCUGCGUCUAUUCAUCUGAUUUCCUCCUCCUCCUCUCUUUUCUUUUUUCCCCCUCCCUUUCUUUCAGAUCAUAUAGCAAUUUCCACCUGUGUUUGUUCUUCCCCCUGGGUGAAUUCACAAGUUUUCCUGGCGUAUAAGUGCAUUUGUGACAAGGAGGAGGAGGAGGAUGGAGGAGCGAGGGAGUAAAAUAGAAGCAGCACAGACCAGAGAGAAACAGAGAGAGAGAAGGGAAAGGGGGAGGGGGGAGGGGGAGUGGCAGGUUGAUUACGGUCGCAGGUCUCGUUGCCUGGAGACGGCGGGGACCAGGGAUGCCAGGUUGCUAUGCGACCGGUGCGAUGCAAUGACCAGUGCUGUGUGUGUGUGUGAUGGAGCGGAGGGGAGGGCGAAGAAGGGAAAAUUGUCUUUGUGGCCCCGCAUCUCCCCCACCUCCCCUCCCCACCUACCUACACCAACAACCCCCCUUUUCCCUCUCUCCCUCCCUCCCUCUCUCGCAGACUCACAUGCAAACACACACACACACACGCACAUAGAACUCUGCCUCCCUGCUGUAAAUGUUCUUGAAAGAGCAGGGGAGAUGGUCCGUGCCGAUAUAUUUACCAUUCAGAGUGGCUGCUUUUCAGGGCGGAUGAGCAGAAAGGAUUGAAAAUGGAGAGAAACAGGCAACAGAAAAGUGUUUCACGCACACACACUCAGACACACUUGCGGUAUGCACACACAGUAGCCUGAUGCUAUAUAGACUAAACAGCAGCGGCUGCUCCGAGCGGCACGUACAGAGACUAUCAUCUGCUCCGCCGGCCACAAAGGAAAGGCGAGAAAAACAUCAUCGUCUAUAUGCUUGACUCGCUCAUGCCCCUCAAUUUAAAACACAUUUCUCUGUAUUAAACGUUUCAAACUGGAGCAGGUGUCACUCCUCGGUGUGUGUACGGAUGUUGAUGUUUAUAACGGGGGGUCAUGCUUUAUGGUGAAAGGGGUUGAGCUGUGAUUUGAUUGGAUAAUCUAUGGAUUUAAUAUCUCAUAAUCCUGGUGAAAUCCCCUGCGGCAUCAGGGUGGAAAGAUUAAGUAUGUGUAGAUGUAGCUUUGACUGAUAGUGUGUGUGAAUGUGUGUGUGCAAUGACAAAAAAAAAGGGUUGAUUGUAUAUUAUAUUUGUGUUUUUAGAUGAAGCAUAAAAGCAGAAAUCAAAUAGGGAAAAACGCGCCGGGCUUUUUGAUCAGACGGGCAGGGUAUUUUUUGCCGUUGUCUGUGCACAGUAUGGGACUGUUUUUGUAAACAAGCCUAAGAGAGAAAAGAGGUGGGAGGGGGGGAGCAACAAGGGGAGGAGGAGGAGGAGGAGGAGGGGGUGGAGAGGGGGAGCAAAUUACAGUAAAGUGUGUAUGUUAGUGGUUCAGGCUUAGAGGAAGAUAUUUUUCUCUCUGCUUCUACAUCUGCUCUCGAGGCAGCGCCAACAUUCAACAGGCACAAACACUCCCUCCAUCUUCUCUCUUUUUUUACCUCCUCCUCCUCCCUUUCCCUUCCUCCUCCUCCUCCUCAUCAUCAUCAUCUAAUCCCUCUAUCUAUCUCCCUCUCUCGACCUAGAAGCACCCUUUGUCCUCCUCAUUUGUGUUUUUUUUUUCACCCUGUCCCCUUCUGUGCGCCGUUCAGUUUCAACCUUGUUUACCUGAUGUGGGGUAUUUCAUCACUGGGGUUGCCAUGACGAUGGCCAUGCGGAGCGCGGCCUUCGUCAGAGCGGCGGGGCCUGGUUGCCGUGCCGAUGUGAAGUGGCACAGCCUUGAUGGCCUCUACUUCUAGCUGUUUUUUUUCCCCCUCUUGUGUAUUUCUAAUUCACAAUCUCCUGAGCCAUCUGCUGCGCCGCUCCUUAUCUCCAGCAGCACCUCCACCGCUGUUUGUCUUCCUGCUCUGAAAUAUGAGCCAGGUGUCAGUCAAGCGUGUGAUAAAUCAUACAUGUCACAUUAAAAUACUGUCAUGCCCUUAUAGCUUCAGCCUUCAAUCUUUAUAUUUCACUCGUGAUAACCGUUUACCUCUGCAGCAGAAAAGGAGCCGACCUUAAUUCCUUUUUGAGUCUUUUGAAACUAAAAACUCACAUAUAGCAUCAAAAUUCAACCCAGAAUAGUCUGAAAGAUUAUUUUGGAUUACUUCUCAGUCUGUAGACAGUCUGUUUUGUACUGUCAAGAUGGCUCAGAACAGUCUGUACAUUUGUGUGUAUGCUUAUAAGCAUCUUGCACAGAUUGUGUGGCAAGAGCGCAGGGCUGUAACAACCUUUAGGACUGCAGAGAUCCUGUUGUUUGUUGUUUUGGAGAAGAGUUUUAGUCUUAGUGGAUACUGCUCAAGGAAAAAGGAGUGUGUUUGUUUAAAAAAUAAGACUCAUACCACAUGUAGAAUCCAAAGGUUUAAAUACUAUCAGGUUUUUUGAUUAAAAAGAAUCAUCACCUUCAUCAUCAGACUUGUUUUCAUAAAUUUAAAAUGCCCUUCCUCGCCUCGCCAUGAACACAUAAACAAAUAAUUUAUUCUCCUGAAAAUAAUUUGGGUCCACCACUGGAAACAUUUCGUCCUUAAAAUGUGGAAUGCACCUUUAAAUGUAGGGGACAAAGACGCUUAAGAGCAUCAUGAUGGUGGUUUGAAAAGUCAAAAUCAAAAGGGGGUAUAGGUCAGAGGUUGAACUGUAUGCCCCAUGCAGAUUAAAGCUCCCAUGAGGAGUUUUAAGACUUGAAUAUUUAUUGAUGACUUUUCAUGAAAUCCAUAAUUCCUGGAACUGGUGCAAGGGGGUCGGUGUCAGCCAAGCGACGAAGGACACAGCCCUGAUUUAACAACUUUCACAUGAUAUUUUACAGGUGUGUGAACAGAUACAUAUCCCUGUGAUGAUAUAGUUGUGAAGACUACAAAUGGAGAAUGAAAAUUGAGGUAUUUUAUAGUUAAUACCUGCAUGAAAACAUCCCGCCGAUAGCUCAACAUAGAAAAAAUACAUUAUUCAACAAAGUGAAGCGAGAUUAUGUAAAUGAUACAGUAAUAUGAUAAAGAAAGAACACAUUAAAAAUCACAAUAGGAGAAGAUUAAAUAUAAUUAGAUAGUUUGAGUCAUAAAUGUAAAGGUCGCAGUGAAGUGUUGUUUAAUUAAAAUAGGUGUUAAAAGGAUUGGCUAAGCUUUGUUCAAUUUUGUUCAUCAGGUAUAAACAGGGAAGUCUUCGGACUUAAUUUACAAGAGAUAAAAGAUUUCUGGGAGUUUUAGAUUUGAAAUUAAAUAAAAAAGUAAGAAUGAAGCACAGAGUUAGUUUCUUUCAGUUCAUAGGAUGAGAAUCUAUAAUAAUAGAAACUUAAAUGUACGAUUAUACGCACAAUUGAACAUAAUCUUUAACUCUGGACGGAUCAGUUAAGUUUGCAAAGUUGAUGCAGUCAGUGCUGUUGAUUUAAAGAAACAUACAGUAGAAGAAGUGAACAUUGUAAAAAGUAAAAAGUGAACUAUAAAUCAACCUUUUUUCUGAUCAAUAUUCAGAGAAACACAAGAACUCAGUGAGGAUGAUGGUGUCUGUGCUGAAAACCAAAGACUUCAAAUCCGACUCUCUGUUUGGAUGAGCUGUAAUUUCAAUAAAAAUUACUAUUCACAGUGUGCCGGAGAAGAAGCGCUGAUUGGCUUGACUGAUUAGAUGAUAGUUCUGAGACUUUGCCCCCUCCGUCUCCUCUAUCAGUCUUAUAAUUGGUGCCAUCAAUUGGACGAUCAGUAUGAAGACGAGGGGUCCUCUCCCUCUCUCUCUCUUUCUCUGCAGCAGGUGUUGCUUGUAUCUCAGCUGUUGAUUUGGUUACCGAGUCGACCAGUGUUUGUGCAUGCGGGCCGUGGCGGUGGAGCGCAACCACGAGCGCGAUCAAUAAUGUCUCCUGGUGACCGAUCACAGCAGAUCAAUCAGUGACACGGGAUCAGUGACUGGCUGAAAUGUCACCAGCUCCAUAAUUAAGACCUUCAUUAAGCCACAGUUAACAGAGUGUCACUCACUUGCUCUCACCUCCACUCCUCACCCACAUCAACCUCCCUCUUCUUCACACACACAACCCCCACCAUCUCCAUCUCUCUCUCUCUGUCUCCAUAUGCUUCUCUCACCCCCCUCUCAAACCCACUCUUCAUCUAUUCUUAAGUUUUCUUUUCACUGCUUUGGUGUCAUCCACACAUGACAGAGAAAAGACUCGAGCUCUGUUUCAUUUCAAGGUUCAUCUCAGUGUACAAUGACACAGAGAAGAGAAGAAAAAACUUAUUUCAGCUGCUUUCUUUUCACAGUUUAAGAAAAAGAUCAGGAAAUCCUAAAACUCUCCCUUUCCUCUUUUCUUUUAACAAAUCAUUCCUCCUUUCCUAACCCUGAACACCUCCGUUCCCGUCUCUCUGUCAGGCUCAGAGUCGCUCACUAUUCUGAUGCUGCGUGCUCCUGUAAUCCAGAUUAGCCGGCGAGUGUGCUUAAUCUUAUCACUUCCCCAAUCCCGUGUGGGUGUGUGCUUUUCCUGGUUUUGUGUGAUAGGGGGAGAAGGAACGAUGGACGGCAGGAUUAGAGCAGACUGUGCGGGAGGAAUGAGCAGAGAGACUGUAAAACAGUGAGAACAUAAAAUCACACAUAUCAGUGUCAGCUGUGUUCUGCUGGCGAAGAAAGAAGAGAGUCAUUAGCGAGGGAUCAUAUUCACUUAAAUUCUAUAUAUUCACUAUAAUACAUGCUGUAUGUACAUGCAGAUUUCGCUUUUAGUACAGCUUUUAUACCAUUUUUAAGAGGUUACAUGAAAACACAACAAACUUUUCAGCAUUGUUUUUUUUAAACUUAAUUAUUAUUAAAUUUUAAUAACACUUUAUUUGACGCCUAUCUCUGUAACGCAUUAAAAAUAUAUGUAUAAUGCGUUAUAAUCAUGUUAAUGCACUGUAUAACUAUAGUUAUAAACACUCAUAAAUGAUCAUGAUGCUUUAUAACAAUAAUCAUAACACAUUAUAAAGCAUUUUAUCAUGACUCACAAGGUCAGGUAUUAUAAUGUGUUAUAACUGUUAACAACUAAGUGACAAUACCCACAUAGGUAAUGCAAUGCAGCUGUUGUUAACAGUUAUAACACAUUAUGAUACCUGACCUUGUAAGUCAUGAUAAAAUGCUUUAUAAUGUGUUAUGAUUAUAGUUAUAAAGCAUUAUGAUCAUUCAUGAGUGUUUAUAAUUAUAGUAAUACAGUGUUAUAACGUGAUUAUAACGAAUUAUACAUAAUGCACUUUAGAGACAGGCGUCAAGUAAAGUGUUACCUAAUUUUUUAACCACAACAAUACAGUGUAUACAUCUCAACUCAAUACAUAUUUUUUCUUUUUCCAGCUGUAUGUGUAUUUUUACAAACAUCCACGGAUGAUGUAGGAUUAAAUCAAAGAGAAUAAGAAUUGUAAUCAUCGCAAAUUAACUAUGUCCACUCCAAAAUACAAAUUUAAAGGCAUGUCCAUGUAGAUUCUCAUUCAUCCAGGUCAUGGUUUUCUUAAAGACUCCAAAAACAGGCAACUGGACUCAACUCUACACAGUCCAGUUGCUUGUUUUUGGAGUCUUUAAGAAAAUAGAUUUACAGGCACAAAUUUUAGUCAGAGGCAAGAUGACAGUAUUUUGAUAUGGAUAGGAAGUACUUAUACCAUUAUUAACAUCAAUAAAGGUACAACAAGUUCCCAUCUUUCAAUAAAGGAGGCCCUCUGAAGCCUUAAUGAAAAUGUGAUCUGCUCCAGACCUUUUAAAUCCAGAUAUUGUAUGAUGGAGGUUCUGGUUUCAACCAUCUGAUGGUCAUAGACUUCAAGGCUGCACUCAAUAAUAUGUUUCCACCUUGUUUUACUUGUGCGUUUGUCAUUAUCGCUUAUUUCAUGUCUCGAAGUUAAGCUGACAGUCAUUUUUCUCUCUGUCUUUCUAGAUGAACCGUCCCAUCCAGGUGAAGCCAGCAGACAGCGAGAGCAGAGGGGGUAAGAGACACCUGUCCCCACCCUGAAACACAGCACCUGUUCAAACAGCUCCGCCACAGUGUACACAAACAUCCCAACAAAAUAUCAAAUCCUGCAUCCGUACUUGAAGUUUUCCUUGGUUACUUAUUUGUGCAGGUUAUAUUUCUGCUUUCGCUGAGAUCAGAAGAAGAGUAAAGAGGUUGUUAAGAGCCCAUGGGACCCCCAAGAGCGGUAGAAAAUUUGCAGAAGUGGUUAGGCCAUGUUUGAUAAUUCCUGAAAUCAGUACAAAAAGUCUUAGCUUUGAUUCGAAAGCACUGAUUCUGUUAUUUAAAGAAUAGAGUCAGACAUAUCACAAAGUGAAAACCACAGGUGUAGGUAAUUUGAGUAAUAAUGAGCUCCAAUCAUUAACGUCUUUUCCAGGGUCCUUGUAUCAAGCGUGAUCCAUUGUGUAUUUAAUGACUUCUUUGCUUAACGUGUUACGAGAUCUAUUGAAAAUCAGUCACAUAAUACGCUUAUUAUCUACCGUUUAUAUGACAUUUUUUAAAGACGUCACAAUUCAAGCCUGUUGUGCAUGUUUGUUUUAGAAAUGUGAAUAUGACAGACUUUGUUUAGGACAUAUUCAUGGAUUGUCUUUUCUUCUAUUUCAAUAUGAUAAUACUCUACACCAGCAAACAUUUUGACUUUUUGUCCGAGGAGACACCAAACCCGACUGUAUUCUUGCUUUAUUUUCCAAAAUAUAGAUUAAUUUAAUGCUAUUCUGCACCUAGAUUUCACAUUUAACAUCUACACAUGCUAAACAAGAGAACUUUCUGAUAAUCCCAAAUUUUUCACCCACCAAAUCAUGAGGUAUUUGCAUGAUUGUCUUGAGUUUUAUGUGGACUGACAGUUAAUUUCCACAACACACUAAUAGAAAUAGAGCAGAAGUGUCAGCCUGAAAGUUUGGGAGGAAUAACUCUCAAAUCUACGUUUUCAUUUUGGUGAAUAGUCUGCAGGAAUGUGGCGUGUUUGUGAUUUGUAGUGACGGAGCUAAAACAUGCAGAAACACUGGUCUGAUCCUUCACAGACGGGGACAGACGGAGCAGCUUCUCUGACAGCACAGAGGGUGACAAACAUUUGAGUCACUGCCAGAUGCUGUUUGUUGUGAUGUUCCUGUUACUGCACUCUGGUGGCACUAUGAAGCAUCGCAAGCUGACGUCCAUGCUGCUUUGUACAAUACUUGCCCAUCGUGCUGUUGUUGUUGUUCUGUUGUUGGUCAUGCAUGUACGGUGACACAGCACUUCUCCCCUUUUUUUCCCCUUUUUAUCACCUCUGCUCCCACUUUUUCCCCCCUUUUCUGUAAUCUCUGCCACAUUUUCCUCACAUUUUCCUGCUCUGCCCCCUCCCAUCCUGGCUGUCUCCUUCCCCUUAGAAGACAGGAAGCUCUUUGUGGGCAUGCUGGGAAAACAGCAGACAGACAGCGACGUGAGAAAGAUGUUUGAACCCUUUGGCAGCAUAGAGGAGUGCACAGUGCUCCGCGGGCCUGAUGGUACCAGCAAAGGUAACAACAGAAUCACAACUGAGAAACACAGACAUCUGGUGUCAUCAUGGAAAACAGAAAAAUAUACUAAACAUAAAUCAUAGUAUACAGACAGAUACAACACAUUUUACCGUCUUGCACUCUGUGACGUUAACCGAGGAGGAGGAAAAGCAGUGAAGUAAGAUGAAGAGCAGAAAAAGAAAGAGAGGAAACAUGUGAUGCAUAAUUAUUGAGUCAUGAUAUGGAAUAACGCUGUCAUGGAGAAGCGUGGUAUCUAUUUGCUGCUUCUUGUAAGCCCGAGGACACACUCCAUCCUUCAGAUUUCCUGAUAAGCGUACAUUUGAAGGAUGAUUUGUCCACUUAUUCUUUCUGCUCUCGAGCCUUUGUUCUCUUGUAGUUUCUUAAACAAGUUUGAGCGGCUGUUUUCUGUAAAAGUAACCAUGACUACAAAUCUAAAUGUGGAUUGACUCACAGUUAAUUUAUUAAUAACUGCAAAGUAAACCAUUUAAAAUAAACAUCUUCAUGAUUCUUUGAUUCAAGUUGAUAUCAAUAUUUUACCUUUAUUUAAAGCUCCUGUGAGGAACUUUUAGUUUUUAGUCAAUUUUUGCGCCCUCUGUGGACAAACCAGUCUUUGCUUAUUUCCUUCACUGUGCUGUUUCUGCAGCUUCUUGGCUGACACCGACUCCCUCAUACAAGUUUCAGGCAUUAGAAAUUACAGAUUGGUCUUGUUUGCUGUUGUUUGUCAUCAAAAGGGAUCAAUGUGAAUUUCAAUUCAUUUCAUACAUGCUUAAAAAAAUCCUUACAGGAGUUUUAAUCAGUUGUUGUAACAGCAAGAUGUUACACUCAUUCAAUAGUGACAAUAUAAAUUUGGAUCACUUUGCUAUUUUUAAUCUUUUAGGAAAUAGAUGUCCAGUAUAAACCCACUGAGUAUUUUUUUGGGUCUAAAACAGGUCUGAUAGACAUCUAAAUGUAGCCUAGAUGACUGGUCUAAAAUCAGGCUACCACAGGUCUAAAAAUGAAAGUUUUUUAGACAUCUAAAUGUAGACUAAGUUUACACUAGCCGGCUAACAAAGGUCUUACUGUAUAUUGUUCAACGGCUAUCAUAAUUAUUUCGCUUAAGGACUUGGAGAUCAGUUAUGCAGCCCACAGUUGCUUUUUGAAAUAAAUAGUUAUCAAAUAAUGGACUUAAGUGCAACGUCUAAAUUCCGUCUAAAAGUAUAAAGAAUCUAUACAGUUGAAAUUAGGUUAAAAAAAAAGAAAACUGGACGUCUAAUAGCCGUCUAUUGCUCAGUAGGAAACUAAAUAUGACAUGUAACACUUGUAAACUACGACAAGGUAGUUUCUUCUUUUUUUACAUUUGCAUAAUGAAAAUAACUUUAUGUUCUGCGUCAUCUGCCUGAGGUGAUCGAGGUAUGAGUUGGCGAACUUAUCAGAAGAGACUUGAUAGUGACUGCAAUUAAGUGGAAACUGCAUAUAUUGGUAUGAGUAGUCAGCCAAUUUAAUACAUCUCUGCAUCUUUAAUCAAAUAAGAGAAAUGCCUUACAAUAAGACAGGUGUAACAGGAGCUGCAGUCUAAGUUACAGAAAGUUAUUGCUUGUGUAAAUGAACCUCAUAAUUCAUGUAUUUCCAAGAAAGAAAAAGUAUCAGCGUUUAUGAGCUUUAUCAUCUUCUUUUUCCCCCUGAAGCUUUAAAAGACGUGUCGGAUCAAAUUCCAGCAAAAUGAGCCCAGAUCACGACUGUAAACGUGAUAUUGACUGAGAGUAUUGGUAUUUUAAUCUGGCCCUGUGAAUUAAGCCUCAGGCUCUUCACCCUCGCUUAAAUGUAAAUAUCUAUUGUCGCUAACGACAAUGCUAAUGAUAUUUGCCGUGUAAAUCAAAGUCUGGCCACAGUUCAAAUACAGAUGCCGGAUUUCUCAGCGUUUGUUGCAUGAGGCCUGACUAAUUGUGCGAUAGGUUUUAUAGGUCAGGGCUAAUGAUGCGUUUGGUGGUUUACGGGCUGUGAUUGAUGAAGCAAUGAAUGUCCUGUGGACCAUGUUUAAUGACGCCAAAGUAACUGAUGAAGCGCUACAUCUAAAACGGCUGCUAAUGUGUUUUAAAAGCAAAGUGGAUUCUGUUUUUGUGUUUGACACUUUAUUGUGUGCCAUUCAAUCCAGGUUGUGCGUUUGUAAAGUACCAGAGCAACGCAGAGGCCCAGGCUGCCAUCAACGCUCUGCAUGGGAGUCGGACUUUACCUGUGAGUCUCAACACACACACACACACACACACGCACACGCACACACACACACACACUCACGCGCAUGUGCAAGGUCAAACAUGAGCUCAAACACAGGCACAUUUAGAUCCUCCAGAUACAGUCAUUUAGACACUCAGUGUGGUGACUCAGCUAAUAGUCACCACUUCUCUUUUUCUGUCCCCCUCCUCCACACCUCCACUCACUGACACACUCACACACACACAUAAAACAUAAAGGGCGAUUACUACAAAGACCCAGCAGCACUUGUACUCUAUUGUUUCAAUAAAGGACAGCAGGUCUUUAAACUCGCUUAUCUUUUGUUCCUGCUACGGUUAUUUGUACUGUGCCGUGGUGCAAGUCAACUCAAUUAAAAAGAACAACCAGCCUCGUAAUAAAGAGAGCAAUUAUGUACAACUUUUCCAACUUUUUAUUGAAGAACAUAUAGGUAAAUGUUAUACUUUCUCUGGGAAAUUGCAUGUUGUUCAAAUUUUAAAGGUAAAAUCGAACAUUGGCCCUGAGAUUUUUGUGUUAUUACCUGUUUUGUGUCUAUCUUUUAAUUUGUUUUCAGACGGGUUUGCUUAACCUUUAGGCAGACAGAGGCAGAGGAUGCAUAAUUUACUACAAAGUCUUGAACCAGGGGACACUAUGAUAAAGCGUUUUUCUCUUAUUUCAGGGCUGUUGUUGAUGUGACACGUGUCUGACAGACUGAGUUAUGAGAUCCAUUGUUAUGUUUUCGUCCGUCUCCUCCUCAGGGUGCCUCGUCCAGCCUCGUGGUGAAGUUUGCAGAUUCGGAGAAGGAGCGAGGGCUGCGGCGAAUGCAGCAGGUGGCCUCUCAGCUGGGUGUUAUCAGUCCUAUGACCCUACACCUCGGGGCCUACAAUGCCUACACACAAGCUGUGAGGAUCUCAUACACACUCUCACAAACAAACAUACACACAUUUCCAUCAGGACACCUGAGGUUUCUAUUUUCUGUUGAGCAGAUGUCUACAUCAAACACGGAGCUGAUGAGGUGGUAUUUUUCCUGUGAAAGUCUGUGAAGCGAAAUGACGUGACUGGUGAUUCCACUACAGGAUUGUCAGCAUAAAAAUGUUCAACCGACGUCUGAUCUGCAGUUAAAUUGAUGUGGCAAAACAGUGAAGAUAUUUUUCUUAAAAUUUCCCCCGAGAAGUGAUGCAAAAUUAACGUUCCCCUCACUCAAAACUCCGCACGCCAUUUUAUUUCAAAUAAAAUCCAUCUGGAUGUCUUACUGAGUGAUUGAACUGGAUAAAAUUGCCGUUUGCAGCAUAGAGUAAAGCCACAUUACUGUUCUUGUCAUUGCUAAUUGAGCAUUUACAGCAAAUGGUUUCAGACUCAGCUCAUUAAAAAUUGUUCAAUUUGUGAAGCUUAAGGAGGCAUGACAACAUUUUUGCUCUUAAUGGAUGUGCUGAUUUACAGUGACGUUUUCCACUUCUGUUCGAAUACGACCCAAAAUAAAACCGUCCACUUAAAGGGAGAGUUUUAGAGUGGAUUUAAUUCAAUCAUGUCUCCGGAUUCAUGAUUAAAAGACCAAUUCUUAUUUGGAUUUGAAUCAUGGAGUGUCUGGAUAAAUCUGUGAAAGAGCGGCGGGUCACCAAGAACAGUUGUUAGAUUGCUGCAUGCGGAGAUGUGGCCUUUAAAUAUAUUGAUUCUUGAUUGAGGUUCAGACUGGAGCCACUGCAAUUAUAUUAAACAUGUUCAAUUUUUAUGGCUGUUAAACUUGGUAAUUAUGUAUUUCCUCUAUACAGCUGUUCAACUCUUUAAAGUAUUGUACCGCUUCUCUGUUUGCUUCACUUCAAACCUCUAAACACACUCCGCUCUCUCUUCAUCCUCCAGCUGAUGCAGCAGCAGGCCCUGGUAGCGCAGUCAGCCUACCUCUCCCCUGUUGCCACGGUGGCGGCGGUUCAGAUGCAGCAGCUCGCCGCCCUCAACCCCAGCAGCAUCAUUGCCACGCCGAUCGCAUCCAUCACCCCCUCCUCAGGUAAUGAGAGGCAGGGAUGUCUGGCCCUGGCCGGCCUUGAUUAGAUUUCUGCUUGAAAUAUGAGGACAGACACACAAGGAGAGGUGGACCCAAGAGGACGAAAUAACAAACAUCUAUUUUGUGGGCUUUUUCCCUUUUUUUCAAACUGUCAUGAUGUUAGCCGCACGAGCUAUAGUGAAACGGUGAGUUGGUCGGUUUUAGCGCAGGGAUUGUCUUUAUAAGAACCAGAUUUAUACCAGAGGGGUCAUUUGGGGUAUUUGAGAGACUUUUAUCUAUCAGAAAGUUGUAAUUGUUGAGGGUUUUGAUUGGUUUAGAAUGAACUUAGUAUUGCUCUCUUCUACACAUGGAUAUAAUACUUAUUUUACAUGUGUUAUCAGUCUAAAUACAAUAAAUCUGGGUAUUAAUACUGUAAACAAGAGGCAACAACUGACAGCGUACGGGCAGCAAUGUGGAUACUGUUCUUUCAAAAAUCCAAAGGGAUUUCUUAAAAACUGGUACCCAUACUUUUCAAGGCAGCCCAAAAAAAAAAAAAAGCCCUCCAACCAGAACUGUUAGCUAAUGAAACUGUAAACAACAAAUGCACAGACAUUCAUUCCCCCCUGAGGAUGAAUUGUAAUAACUUUAGUGAUGCCUUAACUUUUCAUGCAGUGCUUUCAGCGCAAAAAAAAUUAAUUUAGCCAGAGCUCUGAUUUAUGUCAACAAGGCAGCAUAACGUGGUGCAUUCCCAUCCGUGUCAUUGUGUUUUCUGCCAUUUAGUAAGCAGUAGUGUAGUACUCUGCCUUUCUACAUGAAUAUAAAUGACUGUUACUCACUCUUCCAGCAUGCACAAGUAUUUUGUGCAUCCCUGAGGUGUGACAAACAUGUUGUAGAUAUUGCCUCCUCAUAAAAUAUUUGCAAAAUGGACUGUUUUCAGUUUUUACCUACGUACAGUCCUCUUCAAACUGUGUGAUACAUCAUGAAGUCUUACUAUAAGAGGUUUGAGACCUCUUCUUGAUCAUGUGCAUGUAAGACAUGUCACUCUUGGGGCUUCAAUGUGAAAAAGUUUAGUUUAGAGCAGUGGUUCUUAACUGGUCUCACUCUGGGAUGCACAUUUUCUUAUGGUCCUUAAGAUGCGACCCACUCUUAUAAAAUUCAAACCAAGCGAAUUUAUUUUUAACAAAAAAAAACUUUAAAGAGUCAAAUGUUUGACAUAAAUACAGCUUUUCUGUUGAGUAAAGUGCAUUUCAGAGCGCAUGAACUGAGGACGACAACUACUGAAGUUGCAUAUACAGAAAAAAACAAAUUGCACAAAAUGGAGACCAGCAAAAUGAAAAAUUUGACUUGUAUGCAUCUUUGGAGAAUAUUCAGGAGAAACUUAGGACAACCAUGCAAUGAGGUGUGGACUAAAGUGAAUAAAUACCAAACUGCACAAAAUAAAGACCGGAAAAAAAAACCCAUGUAAUUUUACUGCAUUCAGACCACAUUGAUAAGAAACCGAGGAGGACCACAACAUAAUGCAUGCCUUUCAAAAUAAGCUAUUUUUUAAAAUGAAAGACAUGCCAAACAUCAGAUGCGCAUUAAAUAUUUACUUUUUGGACCAGCUGUUCACGACCCAUCCAGAACGUGGCCGUGACCCACUUUUGGGCUGGGACCCACCAGUUGAGAACCACUGGUUUGGAGUAAACUAUAAGAAAAUUACAACCUAAAAAAGGAAAUCAAAUAUUACUCUUUUAACCUCCUUUCUCUCCUUUUAGCAUGAUUCUGAAAUGUUCUCUCCUUCUCUUUCUUCAGCUUCUCUAUGUGAGUCUUUUCAAAUAAAUGAUGUCUUUGUCUGCAGGUACCAGCACUCCGCCCUCCAUUGCCGCCACACCUGUCCCUGCUCUCCCCCCUCCCAUUGCUGUGAAUAGCUACCCCUCUGUGCCAGCUCCACCCAACAGCCAAUCAGCAACCGAGGCCCUGUACACCAACGGGGUCCAUGCCUAUCAAGGUAAAGCGGCACACACAUUAGAGCUACAGAGUGAAGAGUAACUGCUCUGCUGUCAUAUAAUAUUCCUCACAGACUCUUAUUAUUUGAAUGUGCAACAGUGACAGCCUAAUUAAGAGGAAAUGAGAUGAAACCGAAGCGCUUAAUGUUAUUUGGAGCGUGCUGCUGUGCUCCAAAAAGCAUUUAGGAUUUCUCAGCGUGUGCAUAUAGCAGUCAGUGAUUAUGUGUUUAUUGUGCCACAGCUCAGAGUCCUGUUCUGGACCCCCUGCAGCAGGCUUAUACAGGCAUGCAGCACUACACAGGUAAGCCUCAAGCCCAAGUUAUUAAUGCUUCACAUCAUGCUCAAUAUAUAUCUUUAUAAACUGGUGUUACUUAACGGAAAGUAUUGAUUUGUUUUGUCUGACUGAUGAAUGAAAAUAGACAUGAGACGCACUUGCGGACAUGCAGUUUCACAAUUAUUGUUUUUGCUGCAGCUCAAUUUAUUGAUUUAUUACUUUUUCUAAAAACUUGCAACCCAAAUUCUCCACAUUUGAAAAGACAAAAAUAAAGAAAAAAGCUGACAGCUUUGGAUUAAAGUUUGCAAGUCCAAAGCAAUACAGAAGUAAAAUCAAUAAACAAUAAAUCAAAACCUGUUGAGGGUCGAAAAUAAAAGAAACUCCUCGGGGGUAAAGCCAUUUUGAAAAUAACUAUUGCAAAUUAAAAGACAGAGUUAAAGAAAAGUUAUUUAUCUGAUAAACUUUUCAUUCCAUAUGAAAUUUGACCACCAAAUGUCAGAUUUUGUUUGUCUUACUUCGUAGAAAUAAACAGUUUCAUGUCACAGAAAAGCAUGAAACUGCAUUAACUUCCACUCCUCCACUUUCUUACACUGCAUGUGUGAAGUACAAAUUUACAUCCCGAGUUAAAACAUGCACAUACUGUAAACAACAAAAUGUAAAUAACCUGCAGCUUUGUAGAAUGACUCAUGCAUAGCAGAUAUAUGCAAAACAUCUCCCAGUUUUAGCAAAUCUGUAGGAGGAGCCGCAGCUCCAUCAGAUGUUGUUUUCAGGAAAGAUCUGAUUAUUUGUCGUCUCCUUCUGCCUCACUGCUGCUCUCUCCGCUCACCUGUUUCUCCUCUCCCGUCAGCCACCUACCCCGCUGCGUACGGCCUGGUGGGACAGCCGUUCCCCCACCAGCCCACCCUGGUGGCUCAGCAGCCUCAGCAGCCGCAGCAACUCCAGCAACGAGAAGGUAGACUCAGAGGGAGAGAGGGAGACUGUGGCACAAUCAUAUCUUAGACAAACAUUUCAGUGGUUUUGUAUGUUUUAUCUUCGUCACCGCAGAGCAAGAGUUGUAUUUCACCACAAAUUACACAUUAUCCCCACAAAAGAUAAGAUUUUUGUAAAGAGUUCUAGUUGUUAAAAAAGGUUUUACAACAUGGCCCCACAGAGCCUAUAUUUACAUGAUUUAUGUGUGCAAAAAAAGGCAAAUCCUCUCAUUGUACUUUCUGACAUUGACAACAAACACUGAGGUGUUUUGGGGUUUUUAGGAUGCUAGAUUUCAGCUUUGUCACUCUUGUUUUUUACUGAAUUAGUCCUUCAGUUUAAAAAAAAAAUCCUGCUGCAUUUUUUGCUAAGAAGAUGAAAAUUAGAAUGACUCUCUGGCUUGUGUGCCAAUUUUACAACUGGAGCUGAGAGACAGUUAGCUUAGCAUAAAAAUGAGUUGGCACAAUGUGCCUUUCAGCUCCUCCAAAGUUUAGGCAUUCAUGUAAUAGGCAAAAACCCUUCAAAUAUGCCAGGCAAGCUGUAUUCUCCUGUUUUCAAGAGUCCAUGCUAAAAUGUAGAAAUCAGAUAUCUGUCUUUGUUUUCUGUGAUCACAGGAUAGAUAUAUGGAACUAGAAAAGCAGGGUCAGGUUCAUUCAUCACAUUUUAUUUUACCCUUCAAGAUCACUGCAGAAAGCACCUCUAAUUACCCAGAACAGAUUAAAUUAAAUGUGUCACAAUGGUGCUACUUCACUUAACGUGAUCAACAUCACAUUGGGUAUCCUAACUCGUGGGUCACUUUGUCAUCUCUGUGAUCUCCUCCCCUCUCUUUUGUUCAGGUCCAGAAGGUUGUAACAUCUUCAUCUACCACCUGCCGCAGGAGUUCACCGACUCUGAGAUCCUUCAGAUGUUCCUGCCCUUCGGGAACGUCAUCUCUGCAAAGGUCUUUGUGGACCGUGCCACCAACCAGAGUAAAUGCUUUGGUGAGUCUACUGAAUAGCUGUUGUCACUUUAUGAGACAAAACACCCGUUUGGUUUGUUUGAUGUAAUGUUUUUUUUCUCUUAUUUACCAUAUUCAGCAUCCCUGAGCCUCAUCUCAGAGGUAAAUGAAUAUGAGCACGAUCAAAACUGUCACUUUCUCUUCAGGUUUUGUGAGUUUUGACAACCCAUCUAGCGCCCAGACUGCCAUCCAGGCCAUGAACGGCUUCCAGAUUGGCAUGAAGAGACUGAAGGUGCAGCUGAAGAGGCCCAAGGAUGCCAACAGGCCUUACUGAAGAGGUGAGUUAUUGUGUAUUGACAUAAUCAGGGAGACAGAGAGGGAUUGAUAGACAGCUGGAAAUGUGUCUGCGAGUUAAAGAGACGGUGGAUGUAAUUGGGGGCUCAGUACUAAAACGGCUGUCUUUAUGUGGAGCUGAGGAGUCAAUAGCCCUACAGUAGAUUAGCUUUAAUGAGGUGGCAGCACUCUGAAAGUACCAUCAAUUUGAAAUACUGUGUGUAUAACAUGCUCCAUUUUUGUUGCUUGGACAUUUUGAUUGAAUAGUAGAUCUGAAGUCGGUUCAAAUGUUCUGUCUAACCACUGUUCUGUCGCAGGGUUGAAUGCCAACUGCUGUCCGUCAUUAAUUUUUGUUUUACUUUUUUAUUUUAUUGUUUUUGUGCUGUGCCACAUGCCAUUUUUCCUGAAAAAAACAUCACACCACUCUCAAGACUGUCCCCCGUCCAUACAUAAAACGUGGAGACGUGCGUCGCUAUGGCUACGGUUGCCUAGCAACCGCUAAAACCUCUCCCCCUUCCUUCUCACUGCGUUGUAAGUUAAUUGGCCUGUGUUGGUUGCUGUGGCGAUAUAUUGCCUGUGAUGGUUGCCAUUAGCAAUUUUUUUAUUUUUGGGCCGUUGCCUUGAUUCACCAUGCUCAACUGCAUGGCGGGUUACUGUGGCGACCAUGAACUGUGUUUGGUGCGUUGUGAGUUUCCUCUUAUUAUUUUGUCCUGGUUUUUAAUCCUUGCAAACACUGAUCAAUAACUGUCACUUUACCUCAGCAUCUGUAAGUAAUUGAUUAUCAUGACAUGCUUUUUUUUCUAAAGUCCUCAAAAAGCUGCAAAGCUCAGAGCUAAAUUAGCCUGCUGUCCAUCAAAUAUGGAUCCUUUAGGAUUUUUUUCUUUGAAGGCUUUUUGGUUUUUGAUUAGUUUCCUUUUUUUGUUGUCUGUCAUGAUUAUCAUUCUUACACAUUCCCUCUGUUUAGUUGUGGUAGUUUUUUUGGUGAGUGCAGGGGUUUUGUUUGGUUGUAACUCAAUUCCAAGUGACUUUGUGCCUGAACUUUGUUUGGUCUUUGUGAGACUGAAAAUGUACUUACAGUGCCCCUGUUAUUGGUUGCUAUUAUAGUGUGUGUGUGUGUGUGUGUGUGUGUGUGUGUGUGUGUGUGUGUGUGUGUGUGUGUGUGUCUGUUUGUGUGUGUGUGAUAGAGUAAAUGACAGUGCAAGUGUGAGACUGCCAGGCCAAAAGUUGUGUUCAUUUAUAUCUGUGUGGAGUGUUUUGUUUCAAAUAGAUGUUAAAAAAUUAUCCAUGUGUAAGUGAACGUGUGUGUGUGUGUUUGUUUGUGUGUGCGUGUAUGUGUGUGUGUGUUGUAAAUUUGAGACACUAACCUUACUUUAGAAGGUUUUGGGUAAAGCUGUUUGGUUCCUGUGACACGUGCUGCUGGCUGAGGAACUGCAUUCCUCUGUAGGAAUUCUGGGGCUCCAAAAUAAAAAAAUAAAAAAAAACAAAUGCAUGAAAAAAGGAACAUUACGUAUAAAAAAAACAUGUCACCACACAGAGCAUCUACUGGCCACUAACCAAGCUUUUAAUAAAUAAAGGAAAGACUCACAUAAAAUUAAGCUUUAUUCCUUUUUAUCCCUCGUCAGCUUUAAGAUUCCUGUUUCUAUUACACACACGUCUAUUUUUACACUUACAAACCAAACUGCCUUUCCCUCUCUCAAUUUCUCUUUUUUCUUUGUGCAAAAUAAAAGGAAGAUUUAAAAAACAGAGGAAUAGACACAAAAACCCUAAAGGCUUUGUACAAAGAAGUGAAAUCAAAGCAUCCGCAAAGUCCCAUCAUAAAUAAUUCCAAAUAUGAGUUAUAAUUCAUUGAAAACUAAUUGGCCUCAACAAAACUGAAUGCUUCUCAAUGACUGAACAUUUGGUUUUUCGUUGUUAAAGCUAUAACUGUAAGAUAAAAGAGAUUUCAGCUCUAAUACAACAUCCAUCUUACAUUUAGUUAAAACAGCUUUUGAGAACACAGACCCCCUAAUAGGUUAUAAUCGGAUUUCUCUGGUCUCUGCAGAUGCCCUGUUUGCAGUGACCCACAUCAGAAGGAAACUUCUUGAUAUAAACCACAUUCAGAUGAACCGCUGAUUUACUGCCCAACUGUUUCUAAACAGAUUUUGAGAUUCGAUCCCCACCAGAAUUCCUACUGUGCAUGUUCUGAAUUAUUUGCCUGCUAAAAGAGGUGACAAACUAUUUUCUAAGAACGUGCAUACACUUGCAGCAGUAUGACUGUCACUUUUUGAGUUGCAUGGACACUAGUUGAUUUCUGAGACUCCCCUGAGGCAUCAGUGCAAGCAGUGUGUAUUGCAGACACCACUCUACUUCCAGAGUCUUAAAUGUGUUUUAUUACUGUGAACUGGUUUGAAGAACUUUGUGCUCUCUUUUUCUUUCUUUUUUUUUUUAUUUCCAGGAGAAACCUAAGAGUUCAAUCAAGAAAACCACUCGGGAUGUCCCAGCCUUUUUUGGUUGUUUGACCAACCGUAUAGCACAGGAGCAACACUUCACAAAAAGCAGUAUCAUGUGUAUGCGCUUGCAAAACGCAACCACAACAGCAGUUAUAUCAGCAACAAAAAACUUCAACUGAGUCAGCAUCCGCAGUAUCAGAAGUGCUCCAGAUUUCCUAUCAUUCCACAGCUGGAUUCAUUUAUAUUAUGUACAUACUCUAUUGUCGGCAACAAGAUCUACAUGUUAAGAAAAAGCAUAUCACUGAUGUUAUUCUACUGAACAGGGUUUACUGUAUAGUGUGAUUUGUGGUCUAUGGCGUAAAAAGAAGGCCAGUGUGCACAGUCGAAGGCUAAAGAAAAUACUAUUCUGUAUGAUUACCAUUGGUAAUAUUGUUACGUAGAGUUAGUUUUAUUAUUUAUACGUAAAUUAAAAUCAUGGGGUAAUGAAACUGAAAGAGAAAUGAAUUUUGUCUCACUGUACAUACCUUGGUUUGAAAAAGACUUCUCCAGUAAACAUUCUCUGCUGCCACUACUUUUCAAAUUAAAAGCGGAAGGAAGGGCUGGGAAUUUUUCUAUCUUGAUUUUUUACGUUUAAUUUAUUUGGUAAUCAAUUUGCUGUCGGGGAGAUGUGGCGGUUUGUUUUUUAAUUUAAGAAGAAAAAAAAGAGGAUUCUUGUGGUCUUCAAGACAAUGAACACACUUAUAAUAGAGUUUUUAAUUACAUAAAUGUACCUAUGGAAGUAAAAAACAUAAUGUUUCUUUAUUUAUUCUCUACAAUCGCUGUUUUAAAACAUAUGUCUUUAAAAGAAAAUAAAGUACAAUUUAGAAAAAAAACAGAA